CAACAUCACCAUGUUUCGUUGCCCAAGGUAGUCAAGUCCGAUCCCUCUAUUUGUUGAAGGAUUUGCUCACCUUACUUUGCACGAUUGAUGACCUUGUGCUUACGAGUACGCGCACACUGUCGAGGAGCACGUUAUAUGUCUCUUAGAGUCCAUUUCUGCGCACUUUCGCCAAAAACGGUGCAAGACGCUUCUUGAAUCCAAUGUCGACAACUCCACAGGGGGUCUGAUCACUGCCUGUCAUUCUUGGACUUGACUGAGGAUCAGUGAUCCGCUUCCACAUGGCCACCAAGUCGAGGCCGAUAUCGAUGGAACCGAUGACCGUGCCCGAGAUUCACGAAGGUACGAGAAACGAGGUCGUAGUUCCUCCAAGCCCAACACAUACACCCGCUACAGACAGAGCCUCCUCGCGGAGGCACACCAAGGGUCUUUCGCUAAAUUUCCCUAUCCUCCUGCCUACCAACGCGCAAAUCUCCCAUUCCCCUACAGCUGGUUCGAGUAUUCUACCGAGUCCUGUUGAGUCUGCGAGAUCAUCUCCACGUACGCGGACCGCCCCAUUCCAAAGUCCCGGAACAAUUCACGAAUCCGAUCAGACGGCCAAUACAAGAAGCAGUACAGACUUCUUAACGCUCCUAGCUGCACAGGAGAGGAGGGUUCUCGAGUUAAGAGAGGAGUUGCAGAAGGCGGAGACGGAACUGCUAGGUUUGAAGAAACAGUGGGCUGCUCAUGAAGCGAACAAGAAGAGGGACGAGGUCAAACAUGUCAAGAAAUUACAACCAUUAGCUCUGGAUGACGUAGGAGGACGAGAGCCGUCAGAGGAUGAAAUCGAUGAAGAACGGAGACGGAAACGUGCCAUCGUCGAGAGAAGCCAGACAAACAACACGAUUCCUGGGAAUACGGCCGGCAGCAACCUCAGUAGAAAAGGGUCUAAGCGAGUCUUUGAGGGCGGUCGACAUACUCGGACACUGAGUCUAUUGAGUCCGACUUCCAACAAGCCGGGCCAGGCAACUGCCACGACCUCGUUGAACGAACUGGUUGACGCGCACAAUGAGGCCACCGACAGAAACUCCGAAGGUGAUAUGGCGAGGCCAUCAUUAUCAAGAAUAUCAACUCUGGAGAGUCUGGUUGCCGGUGAACAGCUCCAGCUUGGAUUUGGUAAGACGUACAGAGACCUAGCAGCUCAUCGCCGUUCAGUGCCGUCAGCCGACGUCUUGGUCAAGCAGGGCAAGCAAGUCUACGAUGGAGUCCGCGAGGGGCUCUGGACAUUUUUCGAAGACAUAAGGCAAGCCACUGUUGGAGAAGAAGGAGUCAAUGGUACCGUUGCCGAUCAACGCCCUGCAAGACCACAUGCGAAGCGUGUGGGAAAUCACUCUUCUGCUAGACCGAACCGGACAACCGGUGGAAACAAGAAGUCCGAAUCGACUGAACCAUCCUUCUGGAAAGAGUUCGGCUUGGACACUCCUCAAAGACCAUUAUCAACGCAAGUCGCUAGCCCCGAUAAGUCGAAUGGACAUAUUCCGCAGAAGAGCAGUACAGACUCAUCCAACCCUCCCAGUCUAUUACCAGACACGACAGAUCAUGAUGACGUUGAAGACGGCUGGGAUGCCUGGGACUCGCCUAUCACCACUAGGGAAAGGGCACAUAGCAAAGAGGCGAACAAAUCCGAAGAUGGUCUACCUUGGCCAGAUAUCGAGAAGCUUACCCCGAGUAAGUUGACCAGAACGGUCAGCGAUCUCAUGAGGGAAUGGAAUGCGAGUCAAGAUGAAGCGAACACUACGACGGAGGGCUCGAAGGAACAGUCGAGUAGUAAAAGAGCUAGUAUCCUUGACAGCCCUCAUAUAUAAUGUCAAAAUGAAAUACGAACUCGUGAAUGAUGAUACAGAUAAGGUGUAG